AUGACCCUUUUUUCAUUGACAAAUCGUGUCUCAAGGGUUCUUUCAGCCUCUACGGUCUUCAUCCGUCAUCGUCGCAUCCAAUUUCACGGUGGGUCUCAUCCACAAGGCAAUAAAGAGCCUAAGGCAAUCCAAAAGCAAGAAUCUUGGUUCGUUAAGGUUGUAUGCACUCUCUUUGUUUACUCACAACCAUUGGAUGAUGCCUGUUUGAGUUACUUGAACAACAAUUUAACACCUUUAAUUGAAUUCGAAGUUGUUAAAUGGUUAAAAAACCCAACAUUUGGGUUGAAGGUUUUGGAGUUAAGUAGGUUAAAUCUUAAUAUAAAUCAUUCUUUUUGGACUUAUAAUUUGCUUAUUAGGUCAUUUUGUUGUAUGGGUUUAUAUGGUUCUGCUAGAUUAGUUUUUGAUUAUAUGAAGAUUGAUGGGCAUCUACCUGAUAGUACUUUGUUAGGGUUUAUGAUUUCAUCAUUUGGGAGAGCUGGUGAGUUUGGCAUGGCAAGGAAAUUGCUUGCUGAGGCUCAAUCUGAUGAUGUAAUGGUCACCAUUUUUGCAGUGAACAACUUGUUGAAUAUGAUGGUUAAGCAAAAUAAUCUAGAAGAGGCAGUUAGUUUGUAUAAGGAGAAUUUAGGGUCAAACUUUAACCCCGAUACUUGGACGUUCAAUAUUCUAAUUCGAGGCCUUUGCAGAGUUGGGAAAGUGGAUCAGGCUUUCGAGUUUUUUAAUGAUAUGAGGAGUUUUGGUUGUUUUCCUGAUAUCGUUACGUAUAACACCAUUAUUAAUGGGUUGUGUAGGGAAUAUGAGGUAGAUAGAGGUCAUAGUUUAUUGAAUGAAAUUCGAUUGAGAGAUGAUUGUGCACCGAAUGUUGUGACUUAUACAUCGGUUAUAUCUGGUUAUUGUAAGUUGAGGAAGAUGGAGGAGGCAUCUGCUCUUUUUGAUGAGAUGAUGAGCUCCGGAACUUUGCCUAGUGUUGUUACUUUUAAUGUUUUGAUUGAUGGCUUUGGCAAAGUUGGUGAUAUGCUUUCCGCUAAAUCGUUGUAUGAGAAGAUGGCUUCUUUUGGUUGCAUUCCUGAUGUUGUUACCUUCACUUCGUUGAUUAAUGGAUACUGUCAAAUUGGAGAUGUGAACCGGAGCUUGCAGCUUUGGGAUGCAAUGAAAGUGAAGAAUGUAUCUCCGAAUGUUUAUACCUUUGCAAUUACUAUUAAUGCGUUAUGCAAGGAAAAUAGAUUACGUGAGGCUUUUCGACUUUUGAGGGAGUUGCAAUGUAGGAAUAUUGUUCCAAAACCAUUUAUCUUCAACCCUGUGAUUGAUGGGUUCUGCAAGGCUGGAAAUUUGGAUGAGGCCAAUCGAAUAGUAGCAGAGAUGGAGAAGAAAAAAUGCGAUCCUGAUAAAGUGACAUUUACUAUUCUCAUUAUCGGGCAUUGUAUGAAAGGAAGAAUGCUGAAAGCAAUUAGCAUUUUCGAUAAAAUGUUAUCAGUCGGUUGUACUCCAGAUGAUAUUACGGUACGUUCAUUGAUUUCUUGCCUUUUGAAAGCCGGGAUGCCUAAGGAAGCUUAUCUCAUUUCUACAAUAACAUCAUGAAGAUGGCUAGUUCAUCCAUGAUAACAAUGCUCUCUCGAGCAUAAAUAGGGACGUGGUUGUAGUGUGCUUAAGAAAAAAGAUCCUGAUGAUUAAACUUGGUGUCAUUCCAAAAUACCGAGAAGGCUCAUCAUCAUGCAUCAACAUCAAGUAUCUGAUUAAGCACAUCCAGCUUGAAGCACAAAUGGUGUUGCAUUCGAUAAGAUAGCAGAUAAGCAGUUUUCGAUAUAUCGGUUGGAACCAUAAUGGUACGUUGUCGUUGCUUCUUACAUUAUAUAAGAGGGUGGUAGAUAGGAGAUUAAAAGCUACACCUUAAAUCGGAAUUUGGUAGGGGAACAACACCAAUGAAUGUUUAGCUUCAAAUGCUGGAUGAUGCUAUAGAAGGCUUGCAUGAUGUACCGUGGAGGUCAGCCAUUUAUCCUCGCAGUUCAGUACCUCGCCGUUCCAUGUCCGAUAAAAUCUCCAACACAAUAAUAUAAAAUUGAAGCAAUUCCAUGUUUAGGGUAAGGGAAAAGGGUAGAUCAACUUCCUUCUGUUAGAUUUCAUUUUUCCUUCUUUGUAGCUAUUUGAUAUUGUUUUCUGCCAUUUUCAGCCUCUUUCAGGAUACAUGCUACAUGCAACGUUCAGUCUGUACAGAUUGUCAGAAAAUUUUCAAAAAUUAAUGAAAUUUCUGCCUUUCCAUCAAGAAAGCUAGUAUUGUUGAUGCAAUUUCCUCAACACUGUGUUUUUGUGGAGAUUUGAUGAAUAAAACCAUAUAAAUUGAUGGAUUUUGUAUUACACAAACACAAGAAGCAUUUCAAAGAUAAGAUUUACAUUAAUGUCUUUGUUGUGUACAACAGAUUAUGUCUUUGAAAUUAUUGUAUAUUAAACGAAGCACCUUCAACAUGUACCAUGACAUUGACCCCUUGCAUUUUUAGACCAUGGUUUAAAACACAAAGGAAUGACAGAAUUCAAGACGGUCUCUCAAGAUCAAGCAACAACAGGGUAUGAUGCGCA